AUGGGCAGAUUUGAGCCCAGUGAUAACAAUUUGCACAAGGAAAUGAGCAUGAAGUUAAUCAUGCUUGACGAAUGGGAGGAUCAAUUAGAGGCCCUCAUUGAAACAGAGAAUGCAGAGACUAGAAGGCAUGUCUUUCAGAAGGUGUUGAAAAAGGUGCUUGGAUUUAAAAAAGAUUUCGAUGAUUUCCUGAUGAGGGAAGCAGAUGCCCUGCUGGAUGCAGGAAAGGGACCUUAUCAUCAGGAAAGAGAGCCAGAAGAGGAGGAUGAGGUUAUAGCAUGGCCUCUGAAUCUUCUACCUCCUGCUCUAUGGUCCGAACGAGAGGCAUCCCUUUUCCAACCACCUUCUCCACCUCCAAUUACACCCCCUUGCCCACCUAAGGGCAAUAGGAAGAAGCGGAAGAGGACAGAGUCUCCUGUCCCAAUGCCUCAAUGUGUGGCAUCCUCAACUUUUGCACCACCUCCUUCACCUCCUUGCCUGCCUGAAGGCAAUAGGAAGAAGCGGAAGAGGGCAGAGUCUCCUGUCCCAAUGCCUCAAGGCAACAGGAAGAAGAGGAAGAGGGUGGAGUCUUUGACCCCAGUGCCUCAACACCGCCCAGUCACGAGGUCAAUGACGAGAGCUUGUGGGACAGGGAUGCCAUUUCGGAAUGUGGCAUCAACUGUCCCACCUCCACCUCCUCCUCCAUCAUCAUCACCUCUUCCUGCACCAUCUCCUCCUGCAUCUCCUCCACCUGCACCACCUUGCGCACCUAAAGAGUCUGUGAGUUCCAGUCGGCGUCGGCGUCUUCCGCCUCGGCGCAAACCGCCUCGCCGACCCUGGACGAGGUCGAUGUCCAAGUCCCAGGGUCCGGUGACAAGGUCCCAAGCGAAACGUCAGGGCCCUGGGACUAGGUUUUAAAAGAACCUCAUUCUCAUGUUGGAGAAAGAGUUAGAUGCAGAGGAGCCAAAAGACAGUGAGGAGUUGCAGAGUAAAAAGGACACUCAGAGGGGGCCAAUAGUAGUCAUAACUAACAGCAGUAGUUGUGAAGAUGUUCACAGUGCAGAGGAAGACGAG